UGUGAGCGGGCAUCGACGAAUAAUGGGUACCCUCGGCACUUAUCACCUACGGUAUUUGACUGAGGAUGAUUCUUGGGCAUUGUUUAGGAAGAUAGCAUUUGAAGGGGGCGCAAAAGAGCCUCAAAAUCUCGUAGACAUAGGCAAGGAGAUUGUCAAGAAAUGUGGUCGGUUGCCUCUGGCAGUGAAGACAUUGGGUGGCUUAAUGCAUUCCAAGAGCCAGGAAAGCGAAUGGCGGUCCGUGAUGGAUAGCGAGAUUUGGGAUCUGCAGGUCGGUGAAGAUGGGAUCUUGCCAGCACUAAGGUUGAGCUACAGUGAUUUGCCUUCCCAUUUAAAACAAUGCUUUGGUUUUUGUGCCAUAUUUCCGAAGGAUUAUGAGAUGGAAAAGGAUCUGUUGAUUCAACUAUGGAUGGCCAACGGAUUCAUUCCAUCCGAUGGAAGAAAGGAGUUGGAGGACAAAGGGCAGGAGAUUUUUAAUGAGUUGGCUUGGAGAUCUUUCUUUCAGGAUAUCAAAGAAGCUGAGGAGGACGGUGCUCUUUCAUCCAGGCAUGAACUUUAUUAUGUAACAACAUGCAAGAUGCAUGACCUCAUGCACGAUCUGGCGCGAUCCAUUAUGGGGAAUGAAUGCCUGGGCAUGGAGGACCCUGCCAGGUGGGAAGAUAUAUCUACGAAAGCCCGUCACUUGUUUACACUUAGAAAAGUUCAAUUGAAUAAUUAUCCAAAUAUUCGCACUCUCCUGUGCUCGAGAUUCUCCGCUAGUAUGCCUGCGGAUUCAUUAAAGCCAAAGUCCUUGAGAGCAUUGGAUCUAUAUUAUGCUCCUAUCACACGACUGCCUAUUGCAAUUGCAUAUUUGAAACAUCUGAGAUACCUCGACCUCUCUUAUUCUCAUAUUGAAGCAUUACCGGAUGCCACCAGCACACUUUUCAAUCUACAAACUCUGAAACUCUCUUGCUGCAGGAGACUCCGUAAGCUGCCCGAAGACAUGAGAAAUAUGAGUAGCCUGAGGCAUCUCUACAUUGACAGAUGUCCUAGUCUGAAACAGCUGCCAACAGGUAUCAGGCAAUUGAGCAGCCUGCGAACAUUGAGCAAAUACAUCGUAGGCAAUGAUGCUGGAAGGCGUAUAGGUGAGUUGAAUAGCUUAAAUCUCGGUGGCCUUCUAGAGCUGUAUAACCUGAGGAAUGUGAGGGAUGCAGCAGAUGCUAAAGAAGCUAAUCUUAGUUCCAAACAUAACCUUUGCUCAUUAAUAUUAUGUUGGGAUAUGACUCAGUGGGAUCCUCCUUCCUGCUAUGAAGAAAACGCUGAUCGUUGUGUCGAAGAUGUUUUGCCAGUAGAAAACGCUGAAGAGGUGUUGGAAGCCCUUAGACCUCAUGGUGGCUUAAAGCUUCUGACAGUAUGGCGCUACGGGGGUGGCAGCUUUCCAACGUGGAUGAUGAUGGACACCGUAUUGCUGCAAAAUGUUGUUGAAAUGCAUCUGGGAGUUUGCACAGGAUGCCAACAUCUCCCGCCUUUGUGGCAGCUACCUUCUCUUAAAUUUCUCUACUUGUUUAAGAUGCAUAACGUCAAACACAUUUGCGGCAGCACCUUCUACGGCAAUGCAAGUAAUGGCACAGUGCAAGCAUUCCCCUCACUGAAAAGACUGGUGUUGCAUACGAUGCAGAGCUUGGAGAAGUGGUCAGAGUUUGAAGGAACUACAGAGGUCCCGUUGGUUUUCCCUCACCUUGCUGAGCUUAAGAUCAUUAAUUGCCCAAAUUUGAUGACCAUGCCAGAGCUACCAUCUCUCCAAAGUUUAGAAAUGAAUGGAACUACUAAUAAGCAGUCGGGCUUGAUCUGUAGUCUGACGACAUGGUCUUCCCUUACUUCUCUCCUAUCUUUGAGGAUGGAUUCUUGUGAUGAUCUGGUCUACUGGCCGGAGGCGGAAUUCCGUGGCUUGAACUCACUGAAGAACCUAAGUCUCCAUCAUUGCAAGAAUUUGGUUGGCCCGUUACCUUUGCCAUUAUCCUCGUCAUCAUCAGGGCAUGGAGAGCUCCUACCAAACUUGGAAGAGCUGGAUAUUGGAGAUUGUGAUGGUCUGCUGGAAUUGCCCAAGUUGCCUGCUUCCCUCAGAUCACUGGAUGUAGACUCCUGCCCUAAAUUGAAUUCCUUGUCGGAAUGCCUGCGACAUGCCAAUGCUCUUGAGUAUGUCAAUAUUUUGAGUUGCCCAAGCCUGACUUCUUUACCAGUAGAUCUGGGGCACCUAACAUCACUCAAGGGGAUACAUAUCAGCAUGCUUCCUGGCUUGGAAUCUCUGCCAGAAGGGAUGCAGGGCCUCACUGCCCUUCAAGAACUAUCUAUUAAAUAUUGCCCUCGGCUGUCAUCGCUCCCAGAAGGUCUACAACGACGACUCCCUGGACUUGAGAAUCUGGCCAUCGAAGGCUGCCCCAACCUGGAGAGUCAGUGCAAGAGAGGAGGACCACAUUGGGACCUCAUCUCACGCAUCCCCAAUACCAAAAUAUCAUCUGAGAGGAGGAGCAACUUCAGCACAUCCCUUCCUUCCUUUUCUUGCUUUAGAAGACCAUCUACAGUCUAAUGUCAUCCCAGUCCUUUCGAGAUAAGCAGCAAAUUUAGCUUCAGGAUGAAUUAAGAGAGUUCACGGUACAAGCAGCUUUCUUGUCGAUCAUUUCAACGUUGAACUUCUUGCUAUUCUAAAUCUACUAACAGAAGAAACGACAUACUGUGCCUUGGAUAAACUUUUCAAAGAUUUCCGGACAUUCAAUGAUCAAGUGGCUUCGUAUGAAUCUUCCUGAUAGAUUUGCUUUUGCUGUUGUUACGCAUUUAAAGGGACACUAGGAAGAGAUAAGCUUAACUCCCUUUCAGUAGAUGUUAUUUGGCAUGUAAUGUGUUGUUGAUUGUUUUCUCUGAACCAUAUUUUAUUUCAUGUCCUUCGAUAUAUAAAUAUUGUAUUUGAAGACUUUGGACAGUA